AUGAAGGCAUUCACCUACUCUACGAAGGCUGGAGAAAUGGCUUGGCACGAUGGUGAUUUCAAAAUACCCAAACCGGGGCGUUCACAAGUUCAAGUGAAAGUGUUGGCUGUUGGGAUGAAUCCGAUCGACUACAAGUUGCCUUACAUGGUGCCCUUCAGCUCUCGUGUGCUCAGAAACCGUCUUGUUGGUUUUGAUUUUUCUGGAGAGGUUACGAUCCCGAAUGGUGAGUUCAAAGCAGGAGAUGUGGUUUUUGGAGUUACCAUGAAAGGCUCCUUGGGAGAAUAUACGAUCGUUGAUACUAAUCGUAUCGCGAGAGUGCCUGAAGGUAUGGAAUAUACUACUGCUGCUGGUCUCGCUUCGUCAGCGUGCACUGCGCUCACUGGUCUACGUAAAGCUGAUAUCACCAAGUCGCCUGGGAAUGUUCUGAUCAUUGGAGCAAGCGGAGGAGUUGGGUGUAUGGCCGUGCAAUUGGCUAAGAGUUUUGGUGCGAAAGUGUGGGCAGUUUGUAGUGACAAGAAUGAGAAAUUAGUGACAUCUCUGGGUGCUGAUCAAGU